AUGCCGGUCGCGCGCAUCUGCUCCAACAAGGAGAACUCCUUCUGCCGGCCCGCUGCUGCUAUCCGCGCUAAGGCGGCCAAGGUCAAGGCCAAGGCUGGCCUCGCUGCUGGUCUCGGACUCGGCCUUCCCUCGCGCCGCCACAAGCGGAGCACCUCGAUCCAGCGCGCCAAGGCUGCUAACAGCAAGCCGAAGGCGAACGCGAAGCUCCAGUCUUCGAACGCUUCGCACGCUGCUCCCAAGUCCUCGGAGGGAUACAUCAAGCUGCCACUCAACCUCUCGCGCCCGGCUCUGCCCCAGGUCGCCGAGCUCGAGCUCGAGGGAGACCUCGUUCCCUCGACCUUUGUCGUCGACAAACUUCAGCCCAUCCUCUCCGGCAUGCUCCUCGCCGCGGCCCUCUUCCAGCCGUACCCCGGUGCCUCCAAGUCUCGCACUGAGGGACGUCGCAGCUUCGCCUUCGGUCUCCCUCGCUCCGUCUCGCACCUGAACGUCUCGGGACUCGAGCCCGACCUCUGCCUCGCGCUGCACCGUCCCGGAUCGACAGAGGCGCUUCAGAUCUUCCCCACUCACCGCCUCGUCUACGCCUCGCAGUGCGCGUACUUCCCUUCCCUCCCUCUCUCCUACCCCGGCGACGAGGAGGACCACGGCCUGGAGACCAUUCCUGAGGACGACGCUUCGGUCUGCUCUUCCGCUCCCUCUUCCGACGCUUCCGACGCCUCCGGCGCCGAGAGCGACGACGACUCCGCCUCCGAGGCCAGCGCCGACCUCCACGCCCCGUCCUACCUGCACCUCCCCGUGCUCGGUCUCGAGGUUCCCUCCCCCGAGACCUGGGAGCUGGUCCACGUGCGCCUGCACUCGUCUGACGAGUACUGCUGGCAGAAGCAGUUGCUCGGCCUCCCUGCCGCCGACACUCCCGCUGCUGCUCGCAAGGCGCUGUCUGGGCUCGAGGCCGGGGAGCUGUUCCAGGUCAUGCGCCGAGUCCAUGGCGCUUGGCAGAACUGCUGUGCUAUCGGCGUCACGAACGAGAAGGUCUGGGAGCAGCUCGGGAGCGCGUGGGCCGUCGUGAUCGACGUGAUCAAGGCGCGGGCUACGGUGUAG